CUGUCAGUGUUUCAGGUCUGCAUCGAUUUUGCCAUAUCUGAGAUCCUUCCAAAUCUCACGUUGAAGGAUGUGUUCAGCAUAUGGUUUUCCUACGCGACUAAGGCCUAUCACCAAUUGCUGAUUCGUGCGUGCAUCCAAGCAAUCGCUCGAGAUUUUGAAUUGCUCAUUACUGACGAAUGGGAGAAGAGUUGGUUGGCACUGGACCGAGACCAGAUGAUCGAGAUACUCAAAUGCAAUCAGCUCGUUGUCGCGAAUGAGUACCGCCUAUGGGAAGCUGUCAUUCGAUGGUUACAGGCACCGAAUCAUCCGGAACGAAGAGGAACCACUGCCAGCCCGCUACUUUCGUCACUACUGCCUUAUAUCCGGUUUGUAUUUUCUUUAGAUCACUGA